AUGAUUCUCCCGGUGUUGAUCCACCACAAGGACGACCCAGAUCGCCGAGUUAAAGUAUAUGCCGUGUUAGACGACCAAAGCGAUACCUGUUUCAUUACAGACGACAUAACGAAAAGCCUUGGGGUAACCGGUCCUGCCGUAAAGUUAGAGCUGGGUACCAUGCACGCCGUAGAGAACAUUGACACACAGAAAAUUGAAGGGCUGAUCGUAUCACGCUUCGACGGUCAGGUUGAUAUACCCCUCCCCAAAGCGUACACAAGAAAUCUUAUACCAGGCCUGCGUGGACAGAUUCCUCACCCUGAAACCGCCCGUAAGCACGAGCAUCUGAAGACAAUUGCAGACGAGAUACCGCCGUAUGAUGAGCAGUUGAGCAUUGGAUUACUGAUUGGUAACAACUGUGCGCGUGCCUUAAAGCCAAGAUCUGUAGUACCUGGAAAAUCAAACGACCCUUACGCAAUACGAACGAUACGUGGAUGGGGGGUGGUAGGAGCAAAGGGCCACGGAAACCGAACAGACGGCACUGGGGAAGGAGCCGAGUGCUAUUGCACCGCAACAAAGGAA